ACCAUGUGCAGCGAUCUCAGUUUCAAUCCCCCUAAAUCUUACGGACCACAGGAAGCGCUCACAAUUCAAACGAUCACGACAAUAAAAUUUGAAUAUCUGGAUUCUAUUCCGAUAAUGUAAUGUGACGGAGUAAAUUACAUCGCAGAGUGGAAAUAUUGGAGCGGUCAAGUAUGGAAGAGGAAAUGACGAUGACAGUGGAAGGACAGGGGGACCCUGGAGGCAGUGAGGGGGAGUCAGGAGUAGACAUGCCCACCAGUAACACCAACAAGAGGGGACGGGGUAGGUCCAAAGGAUCUAAGAAGCUGCAGGUGUGGGUAACGCAUGUGGACCUAUCAGAGUUUGGUUCAGGCCUUUUAAAUGGUGGCCCCGCACAGCCACUAAGGAGCAGAGGGAGUCCUGAAAACCCCCCUCCUAGGCCCCGGGGCCGGCCGAAAGGUUCAGGCUUGAAGAGGCUGGCCCCCAGUGAGGAGGCUCCUGUAGCAGGGGAAUCUACCAGGAAGAGGGGCCGGCCAAAAGGUUCAGGCUUGAAGAAGCUGGCCCCUAGUGAGGAGGCUCCUGUAGCAGGGGAAUCUACCAGGAAGAGGGGCCGGCCAAAAGGUUCAGGCUUGAAGAAGCUGGCCCCUAGUGAGGAGGCUCCUGUAGCAGGGGAUUCUACCAGGAAGAGGGGCCGGCCAAAAGGUUCAGGUUUGAAGAAGCUGGCCCCUAGUGAGGAGGCUCUUGUAGAAGAGGAAUCUACCAGGAAGAGGGGCAGGCCAAAAGGUUCCACCAAGAGAAAAACCCCUGCCAAGUUUGCUGAUAGAGCAGAUGAUUGGGACUUAGGUAUGCUCAAGGAAUCCCCCUCUUUAAAGCGCACCGCAGAAAGUUCAAAGAGUGAGGACGAGGAGGAUGGCGAUCCCGGAACCCCCAGAAAGAGGGGAAGACCCAAGGGUUCUCCUAACAAGAAAACCAGGCUGGCAGUAAAGAGAGGUGUUAGCAGUGAGUGUGAGACACGAAGCGACUCCUCUGGUUCCAGAAACAGCCUAGAUGAAGGAAGGGUUUCUGCGAAGCAGACAAUGGAAGAUAUCGAUGGACAAAAGUCAUCUCUGAGAGGGAGGGGAAGACCAAAGGGUUCUCCUAACAAGAAAACCAGGCUGGCAGUAAAGAGAGGUGUUAGCCGUGAGUGCGAGACACGAAGCCACUCCUCUGGUUCCGGAAACAGCCUAGAUGAAGGAAGGGUUUCUGCGAAGCAGACAAUGGAAGACAGCGAUGGACACAAGUCAUCUCCGAGAGGGAGGGGAAGACCCAGGAAAGACAUCGGCCAGAGGAUUGACGCAGGCCAGAGAGUCCCGGAUGGUGCCUCGUCUGCUAAGAGGGGACGAGGGAGGCCAAAGGGAUCACCAAAUAAAACCUACCCACGUGUCCAUCAAUCCGAUGGAAGGUCACGGAAACCCAGUCUUCCCUUCAUCUAUACAGAUCGGUUUGGACCAAAACCAAAGGGGCGCGGCCAACCAAAGAAGGAGAUGCUUAAACGGGGUCGGCCAAGGAAGAACCCCUUGCCGCAGGCCGGGGAUAUGAUGAGGCCUAAAGUGUGGAAACCGCUGGGGAGGCCGCGCAAAUACCCACGGCUUGAUCCUCCAGAGGGCCUGGCGACCCCCCGCAGAGCCAGAGGGCGUCCCCGCAAGUUGGAGAUCAAAAGAGGGUGUAUUACAAGCAAAGCAGCCACUCCUCAGCCCAGAGUACCCAGCGAUGGGAGAGCCAGAUCUAGGGGGCGUGCCUCGGGUACUGUCAAAGAUACCCCUCCCCGAAAACGAGGACGCCCCAAAGGUUCCCCCAAUAAAUCGAAAGUGGCAAAAGUGGCACAGGAGUCAGAGCAGGAGUCAGAGCAGGAGUCGGAGCAGGAGCAGGAGCAGCAGCAGGAGCAGGAGGAGGAGCAGCAGCAGGAGGAGGAGCAGGAGCAGGAGGAGGAGCAGCAGCAGCAGGAGGUGGAGGUGGUCGUGGAAGAGGAUGCUAGGGAAAACGAGAGAGGCAUUCCACCGCUUGAGGCCGACGACACAGAUUUCACAGCAGAGGCCAUAUUACCAGAAUCAAAAAACACCUCAAUUGUUGCAACAAUGUCUGAAUUGAAGGAUUUGAACACAGAAAUAAGUAAAGAACUCAGUCCUUCAACUGGUACGUCCAGUGACCCCAUCGCUAAAGUCCAAAUUCAAGAAAAAGACAAAAGCUGUGAGGAAGAGGAGGAGGUAGAGGAAGAACAGUCAGUGUUCUGCUCCGCUCCGUCGGAGCCGAGCACGUUACCAUGGCCCGGGGACAAACUGGGGAGGAUGCUGGGAGCAGAGGACAGCGGAACAAUGUCUGCAAUAGACAGAGUAUCCGAGGAGGAGACUGCUUGGAGCCAGAGCAGCAGGCAGGCAGAGGGGAACCUGAAGAGACGAUCCAAAUGGAGGGAGAGCAUGCCGGAGGGAGAGCGCUGGAGGGCGUACGAAUCUGAGGGGCAGCACGGGGAUAAAGGCUCGGGGUCGCUGGCGGACGGCGAGGAAGAGGAGGAGGACGACGGGUCGGUCAACUGGAUGCCGGAGAAGGCGGCUUUGGUCUUCACUCCCCGGGUCAACAUCUUGAACAACCAGGGGGAGGGAGAGGGCGCUCCUGUGGAGAACACGUACCGGGAUGACCCCAUGAAUGAGAAGAAGCCACGAGCUACGAGCACUGUGGACGUCCACCAGUACUCUGAGUGGCCUGAGGAGGAGGAGGAGGAGGAGGAGACUAUCUACUGCGGCAGUUGUUGCAGUGAGAAACUCCAACUUUGCUUGGCGAUGGUGGCCGCCCUGGUCCUCUUCCCCUUGCUGGUUUGGGGGGGCUAUGCCCUUCUACCCUUUGAUGCUCCGGUACUCAAGAGCACCCCCCUCAGGCUGGUGUACACUCUACGCUGCGCCUUCUUUGCGACGGUGCCCAUCAUACUCGGCGUGGUGGUGCAGGGCGCGGCCCGGCUGCGGUUCGGGGAGCUGAAGCCGCUCUACGAGGGCACGCUAGAGAGCAGGGAGGUUGCGGCCCACGGCCACUACGUCAACGACUCGCUGUCCCUCUACCUCUUCUACUUCCUGCAGCUGGCGGUCAUGGCCACCUACCUCAACCAGGACCAUCUCAAACUGGUGCCGCUGCUCACCAUCGUCUUCGCCAUCGGGAGGCUCAUCUACUGGGCGUGCCUCUCUCUGGGCAGCAGCGUCAGGGCCCUGGGGUUCGGCUUCUCCUUCUUCCCCAUCCUGGUCAUGCUGGGCGUCAAUCUGUACUACAUCUUCUCCUCGGUGGGCCAGGGGGCCGUGUUCGACGUGGAGCCUCCCGCCACGGAGGCUGCGCCCAUGCAGAGAUGGUGGGGCUGAGGGCUCGUAGGGACCCGUUUCAACAGAGAUCGUCGGAAGCUUAUACCCUAUUAGAAAAAUGAACAACACAUUGCAUUAAAAAGUCAGUUCCUUGACUAUUUCUCCUUGUCAUGCUUUGAAUUCUGAUCGGACAACUGAUAAAAACAAACAAUAUUUACAAGGUGAAUUUGACAAAAGGCAAGGCAGAAAACUGUCCUUCAGUGUACAAAACUUUUUUAUAAUCAAACUGCAAAGACGUGUAGCAUGGCUGCAGAAGCCUUGACCAGCAUCAGCAUCACCGCGCCCAAACUCCUGAUUGUAUACACAUCACCGAGCCUUAAGGAAUGAAUACAUAUUUGCACUUUUCUAUUACUAUGGAUAACAAUAGGGCUCUCAAAUUGUUCUUGACUUCAGAGCAUUUUCUUAUUUCUUCAGUUAUGCAUGAUCCAGUAUGAAAGAUAUGUGUACCAGGAAACUCGACUGUUUGCAUUGGCUCACGCUGUUAUUUUUUUAGCUUAUGGUUGCUUUUGAUUAAGAUAAUUUACUUGGGUGAAUGCAAUGGGAUUUUCUUUUGGAGGGAAUAAAUAAAACAAAUGCAAUACUGAUUGAUUAAAAAAAAGAAUAACAAAUUCAUACUCAUUUAUAUUUUGACAGCCAAAUUGCCAUACUGUUUAGAUGUGGGAAAUGUACAAUGCAAUAAUAAAAAGAAGAUUUUUAGUCUA